AUGAGAGGAGCAGGAUUAAAGCGACCAGUCCUCAUAUUAAUGAUCAUUGGGCUCAUCUUCUACGUGAGCCUGUAUAUAAAGAGUGGAUAUGAGGAUACAGCGGGGUCCGAAAAAUAUAUUGAACCUCCUCGGGUGAUCAGGAGUCUAUCUGACCUGGAGACAAGCGUCAACAACCUCUACAACCUACUGAAAGCUUUUGAGCAGAAGCAGGACACCAUGCAGAAAUUGCUCGAAGAGGACGUAGAGCGAAGGAGAAAAGCUGCAGAGGUCAUACAGCCACCAGUCCAGAAGCUCCCAGAGCAGAAAGAGGAACCUCAAGCAAAGAUCGAGGAAAAACAGGAGGCCCCUGUAAAGAAAAAGUCAAAUAAACUCUUCCCUGACUCCCCCCUGUUCAAGGAGUGGGGUGGGAAUCUGUCUGAGGAUGAGCAAAGAGAGGCACAGAGUUUGUUUGAUAAGUAUGGCUACAACGUGUUUCUGAGUGAUCGCCUUCCUCUAGAUCGUGCUAUUGCAGAUACCAGGGAUAAAAGGUGUCUUGAAAAGACAUACCCAAAGGAUCUGCCAAGCAUCGGGGUGGUGUUGAUCUACCUGAAUGAGGGCCUUUCGAUCCUCAAAAGAGCCCUGCGCAGCAUCAUCGACCGCACCCCUAAAAACCUGCUGAAGGAGAUUAUUUUGGUGGAUGAUAAUAGCUCGAAUGAGGACCUGAAGGGUGACUUUGACGUGUAUGUGAAGUCGCUUGAGCAGCAGAACCCAGGCCUCCGCUUUACAAGAGUGAGGCACAAUGAGCAGCGAGGCCUUUCAUACGCCAGGGCUUCUGGGUGGAGGGCUGCUACUGCUGACGUGGUGGCCAUCCUGGACGCACACAUUGAAGUCCAUGAAAUGUGGGCUGAACCUCUGCUGACGCAGAUCAAGGGGGAUCGGACCGUGGUGACGUCCCCUGUGUUUGACAAAGUCAACUAUGAUGACCUUACAGUUAUUCCAUACGAACCAGCCGCACAUGCCUUCGACUGGGCUUUAUGGUGCAUGUAUGAGAGUUUCUCCGACGAUUAUUACAAACUCAUGGAUGGCUCACUGCCUGGAAAGAGUCCAUCUGUCAUGGGAAUCCUAGUGGCUGACAGGAAGUAUCUAGGAGAAAUUGGAGUUCUCGAUGAGGGAAUGAAAGUGUACGGUGGUGAAAAUGUGGAGUUGGGAAUUCGAGUGUGGACAUGUGGAGGCAGUAUUGAAGUAGUUCCAUGCUCCAGGAUCGCCCACAUUGAGAGGGCCCAUAAGCCCUACAUGCCUGAUCUGUCUGUAGCCAUGAGGAGAAACGCCAUGAGGGUAGCAGAAGUCUGGAUGGAUGAAUACAAACACAAUGUCAAUUUGGCUUGGAACUUGCCAUUUGAGAAUCAUGGAAUUGACAUUGGGGAUGUCACGGAGAGGAAAGAACUAAGGAAAAGGUUGAACUGUAAACCCUUCAAAUGGUACCUGGAAAAUGUGUAUCCCAAGUUGGAUCCCUUGGACAACCUAGUAGCCUAUGGAGGAAUGAAGAAUCUUGAUACCAACAUGUGCAUAGACCAAGGUCCAGUGCCGGGAAACACACCCAUCGCCUACAAUUGCUACUACUAUGGACCUCAGAUGACUUAUUUUCGAUCAAACGGAGAGCUCUACAUCGGCGGCAUCAAGUCCCACAAGUACAAUGACAACCGGUGUAUAGCUGACAUUGGGAAUAAAGAAACAGAACCAGGGCUGUUCAACUGCAGAGAGGCUCUGCAGAAGAAAAUGGGGAUCUACUGGGACUUCACUCAGGGCAAGGAGAUAAAGAACAGAGAGACAAAAAGAUGUCUGGAGAUUAAAAAAGAUACACUAGUAAUACAGGAGUGCUCUGGCCAAAGAUGGGAAGUCCAACACAUAAUCAAAGCCUUUUAAAGUGUGUCUGUGUGUUUGCGACCAACAAGAAGUGCACUUCUCUGCUCAUAGGUCAGUCUCAAAGAAAGUCAGUCACGCUAUCAUGGUUAUAAUUUAAAGGGCACCUAUCAUGCAAAAUGCACUUUUUUAUAUCUUUUAUACAUAAAUAUGUGUCCCCGGUGUGUCG